AUGUUAGAUGAUUUUACAUUUGAUAAUACUAUUAUUGAAGAAUUUAAUAAAUCAGAAGAUUUACCUAUUAUUUUAGCAAUUACAACUGAUAAUAUAUCUAAUAAUAAUACAAUAUUUAGAUAUUUUGUUAAUCAUUAUAUUUAUAAUGAUAUUAAUUUUGAUAUAGAUAAUCAAAGAGUACGAUGCUUGGCAUAUAUAAUUAAUCUGGCAGCUCAAGAUCUUUUGAAAAAUCUUAAAGCUGAAGGACCUAAUGAAAAUAAAAUUUUAUUAGAUAAUGAAGAUAUUAGUUCUACAGAUUUUGAAAAAGCAACUAUUAAUAUUAGUGGUUGCAAAUAUUCAACUAUUGGAUUAGUUAUUCUAUAUUAUCAUGAUUUACUUGAUGUAUUAGAAAAAUAUAUUAAUAAUUGUUCUAAUUUAAUUAUUAAAGAAGCAAUUAAAAAAGCCAGAACUAAAUUGAGCAAAUAUUAUUCAGAUGCUAAUAGUUUAAUAUCUGAAUAUCAACCAACUCAAACUUCUAUUGCUGAAAAUAUAUCAAAUGAAAAAAAUCAUGAAAGUGAAUUUAAAUAUUUAUCUAAAAUAGCAAAAGAUUAUUUAUCAGUUCAAGCUACAAGUAUUUCUGCAGAAAGAGUAUUUUCAGCUGCUAAAGAAUUAAUUAUUUCGAGAAGAUGUAAUUUAAAUCCUACAACAAUUAGAGCAU